CAACACUACUAUAUAACAAAUAAUUUGAGCUAUGACAGACAGAGUUGCGAGUACGACAGCCGAGGUGGCUUCCUCCGCCUCCGAAGGAACAGCCGACCUGAUGAGGAACGCGUCCCAAACCUCGGGAACCAGUACCACUGAACCCAUGAGAAACACAGUGUUUAACUUUCUGAGGAAGAGGAAAAAGAGUGAGAAGACUGGUGGAAGACAGUAUAGGGAGUACAUGUGCUGUGUGUGUUUAAUGAACAAAGUGAAGUACGAAUUCCCAAAGUUGUUGUCAUGCAGUCACAGAACCUGUGAAGAGUGUCUUAGACUUUACUUUAAGACGCGGAUAAGCACGGGAUCAACGAACAUAACUUGUCCCAAUCCUGGGUGUUAUGGAACGUAUACUCCAAAACAUGUUAAAAUGGUUCUCCGCAACGACCACCUUCACAAUAAAUACCAAGAGUUCAUGGUACGGAAAGUGCUGUCUAACGAGCCUGACUGUAGGUGGUGCCCGACCCCGGACUGUGGUUACGCUGUCAUCGCCACCGGGUGUGCAGCUUGUCCUCUUCUUCAGUGCAGAAAGUGCAACACUGAGUUCUGCUAUCACUGCAAGGGAUUGUGGCAUCCUAAUCAGACGUGCGAUGAUGCAAGAAAGCAGAUGAACCCUCACCCCAUAUUCCUGGCUAGCAACGACACUGGCACAACUGAGGUUGUAAAGAAGUGUCCACGUUGCAUGGCUCACGUGACCAAAAUGGACGAUGGCUCCUGUAAUCAUAUGACCUGCGCCGUGUGUGGUAUAGAGUUUUGUUGGCUGUGUUUACGAGAAGUCACGGACAUCCACUAUCUCAGUCCUACCGGUUGCACGUUUUGGGGAAAGAGGACCUGGUCAAGAAAGAAGCGGAUGCUAUGGCAGAUGGGCACUUUAGUUGGCGCUCCUUUCGGAAUUUGUCUACUCAGCGCUGUAGCACUUCCUGCUAUCUUUAUCGCAGUUCCGGCUUAUGUCGGGAGACGGUUAAAUCUGGCGUGGAAGAGGAGACAUGCUCCGGCUGGUAAACGGGUUAUAAUAGUGAGCUGCGGGGUUGCUUUGGCCUCGAUAUGCUCUCCUGUCAUCGCCGCUGUCUCCGUAUCUGUCGGUGUUCCUAUGAUGAUAGCGUUCGUGUAUACGGUAGUUCCCUUCCUUAUUUGCCGUGGAGAAAGUUGUCUCGGAAACUCUGAUAGAGUCCAGCUUCCAAACACAAUGGCAGAUCUAAACGAACAGCUCCAAGGACUACAAAACCAGCUGAACAAUCACUUCCAUGACAGACAAUCCACUUCAACGGACACUCAUAAGGGGGAACCCGGCGAACAAGCUCCUUCCUCCAUCAGGGAGGAUAUGGGAGAGAUAACGUCAUCAGAUGAUUCUUCUUCUUGUUCAGAUGAUACCAGUGAUAUCUAUUACAGUGGCAGUGAGAAAGAUAGGGAGGAGGAGGAAGAGGAAGGGGAGGAGGGGGAGGUGGAGAAAGCGGUCAUAUCUCACACCACUGCAGUGUAGGCUGGUUCACAACAAUGUCUCAGUUAUUACCGAGUCAUAUUAUAAAGGACAAUGCUGACAAGUUUUACUUUUUGCUGAUAAUUGGCUAUUUGACGUUGUCGUGGUGUCAGUGAGGUUAACUUCCAUUAAUUUCGUCUGAGCUAGGGUACCGAGGUUACGUCAGAGAGAUACUAUCUAGCUUUUUAAGAUAGAGACACAUAUUUCGUGUAGGGUUUAAAAUAAAACUGUAAAAAAUUGUGUACGCAAAUGUUUUUAAUUUAAAGUGAUGUGUUUAUCAGCGGAACAAGUGAUUGUUGAUUUGUCACACAAUAAAUUGGUAUAGUCAAGUGACGUAUCCAAGAAUGUGAUCGUAUCUUCUUUGUCGCCUUUAAGAAUGUUCUAGAUCAUGAUAAAUGUUGCUCGUUGCUUAGAUAUUUCUGCUGAACUUUUCCCGCUGAUUUUUAUUCUCAGUUCUUUUACAGUUCUGUAACUGUUUUAGUCGAAUUUACUUUCAAAUAAUUUUUUGUUGAAAAUUGUGCUGAUUCGAAAUGGUAAUUGAAUGGAUGAUUUUAAGAUCUGUUCAACUGUUUUGUAGUUUACUAUACAAAAAUCAUGCGAUUUUGCGAUUUCAGGUCACUUUAAAGACCGAUAUUUUAAUUUUGUGUAUGCAAUGAAACCGAUCAUAAGAGCCGGGAAGGUAUUUCAGUCGCUACUCAGGAGAAUUUUUAUGGAUUCAUGGGUUUUAAACAUCAUCCAAUUUCACUCACCAUGCUUUUAACAGAUAGAAGUUGACCUAGUGAACAAUGAGUUAAGAAACAAAUAGAGACAUUCCCCAAUCAUUGGGAGGGAGACAGGAUCGUGGCGACUAUUUGUGCAACAUCCUCAUUCCUCAAGCUGAUUGGCUGGAAAUAAAUAUGUCUCGUGGCAAUUAUUUAUCCGAGAUCAACAUAAUCUGUUGUGAUGAUAUGAAGUGGUUUUGCUUGGUUUGUUGAAAUGAAUUCAUUAAAAUGCAGUGUGCCAAUUUAUAUGGAUUUUAAAAACCAGAUUGUGACACUUAACUAUUUUGAUCCAGAAAGUCUUGUGGAUUUUUUUUUCAAAAGUGAAAAAGCGACUUAGUAAUAAUUAUGCGUAAAACUUGCCAGAAUCUUUCUCUCUUGACCAAAUCAUCAUCUUGAAUGGUGAUUAGUAGAGUCGGUUUUGUUAUGUUUUUUACGUUUGCGUAUGAGAAUAAGGUAUUAAAUUAUAGAUAUUUGUUUUUCUCUUUGUGGUCCCUGUAAAAAUAAAGAAAGGUUUAAAUUCAGUUAGUUAGUUAGUUAAUUUAGUUAAUUGCUUUUAAAACACUUAUGUGAACUUUUUUUCUUGUUUGGUUUGAAUUCAUAGGUUGACGCAAAGUCUUGAUAACAUUGAGUCGUUGAUUCGUGAAAAUUGAUGAUUGUGAGAAAGAGGAACAUAAAUUACGUUAUGAUCAGCUGUUUUAACUUUUAUUUAGAAAAUGAAUAGAGCUUAGUUUAACUUUGUCAUGUUAAGACACUAUUUCUAUUAACGUAAAAUUAUUUUCGGCUCACGCUCAUCAGAGCUAUAAGUUAAAGUUUACCAUAAGAGUUAGAUUGUGUUUACUAGUUUGUAGCUUUGAUCGUUGAUAAAGGUUAAAUGGGAUAAGGAUUGUUUAUAAAUUGCGCAUGGCUUUGAGAGCGAUUUUUGAAUUUAUUGAAUUUGAACAAUUUGUUGUCAUUUGAAAAUAAAUAUAAAUUAUACGUUAUAGUUACAAUAAAAGCAUUGACUAGAUAAUAGUUUAAUUUGUUACCUCUCCAAAGUCAAAUUAUGAAUUACUAGAGCUGUAGGAAGUAUUAUAUUAAUGACUCACAAUUAAAAGAAUCGCUCUAUAUUGAACAAUUACUGAUGAUUAAAGCACAAUAAAUAUGGUAGACCUUCGAUUUACCGGGUUUCGAUUUACCGAACGUUUCGACCUAAACUAUCCUUUUCGAAGGUUAAACUUAAAUAAAAUGGUAAAUUUUGCGUGAAAAUUAGACUGACGAAACUUAGUAAACGAAGUGGUAUCUCUCAUUUUAAUUCUUAUGAUUUCAUAACCUAGAAGAUUUGCCCCACGAGAGGAUAGCAGUAGCAUAUAAAUGCUUUGCUACCUCUGGGGUUGGCAGCCCUUAGGCUUAAAGAAGAGGUUACCAGGGAUGCCAUUGAUAUAGUGGCGAGAGAAAAGAGAGUCAUAGUGGAGCCCGUGUAAAUAGG